CGCAAGAGGCGGGAGAUGCUGCUGCAGCAGCUGGGCUUCAUCUGCGCCAUCCUCUUCUUCGUGUGGUGCAUGUCCAGCCUGCUUUCCAGACUGGGCCGAGAAUCAGCUGUUGCAGACAGACACGUUUUGUCAGAAGUAUGGAGGAAUAGAAGAUUGAUGGCAUCACCUAAUGGGACACAUGAAAGAAAGAAUUGUACAGAGCCAGCAAUUAAUGAAUUUCCUCAAGAUAUAUUUACAAAUAAAGAACGGCAGCAAGGAGGCAUUCUGCUUCAUAUCUUUGCUGCUCUUUAUAUGUUCUAUGCUUUGGCUAUAGUAUGUGAUGACUUCUUUGUUCCAUCCUUAGAGAAAAUCUGUGAGAAACUACAUUUGAGUGAAGAUGUUGCUGGAGCCACAUUCAUGGCUGCAGGAAGCUCCACUCCAGAGUUGUUUGCAUCUGUUAUAGGUGUAUUUAUCACUCAUGGAGAUGUAGGAGUAGGGACCAUUGUUGGUUCAGCAGUUUUCAACAUCCUCUGCAUCAUUGGUGUCUGUGGAAUAUUUGCAGGACAGGUGGUUCAUCUCACCUGGUGGGCUGUGUUCAGGGACUCUAUGUACUACACAUUUUCUGUGAUCAUACUUAUAGUUUUCAUAUAUGAUGAGAAAAUAGUAUGGUGGGAAAGCCUUGUACUCAUCAUUAUGUAUUCAUUCUACAUACUUACCAUGAAGUACAAUGUGAAGAUGCAAAAUUUCUUCACCAUCAAAAGCAAAAAUGUUGGAAAUGGUGACACAAUCAACAAUGAGCUGGAAGAUGGUAAUAAAUAUUAUGCCCCUAGUUAUGAAGACCCAUCCAUUCCAUUACUACAGAAAGUGAAGGGAAUGCAGCAGUACGGCAAAAACAGUGUGGUCAUGGUGGAUGAGAUCAUCUGCUCCAGUCCUCCCAAAUUCCGGUUCCCUGAAGCUGGGUUACGGAUAAUGAUUACAAAUAAGUUUGGACCACGCACCAGAAUGCGGAUGGCAAGCCGUCUCAUCAUUAAUGAGCGUCAGCGGCUAAUCCAAUCUGCAAAUGGCUCAAGCAAACAGCUCCAGAAUGGAAAGCAUGAGAAUAUUGAAAAUGGGAACAUCCCUGUGGUAAACCAAGAGGAGGAAAAUGAGCAUGACAAUCUGUCUCCAUUUUCAUUACCAGAUGGAAAAAUGAACAAAAUCAAAUGGAUUUUGACAUGGCCAUUGAUAUUCCUGCUCUUUUGCACCAUUCCAAACUGCAGCAAACCACGCUGGGAGAAAUUUUUUAUGCUGACGUUCAUCUUAUCCACUCUCUGGAUUGCCUUGUUUUCCUACUUUAUGGUGUGGAUGGUGACUGUGAUUGGAUACACCCUUGGGAUACCAGAUGUGAUCAUGGGCAUUACUUUCUUAGCUGCAGGAACAAGCGUCCCAGACUGCAUGGCCAGCUUAAUAGUAGCAAGACAAGGCCUCGGUGACAUGGCAGUAUCCAACACAAUAGGGAGCAAUGUCUUUGACAUUCUGGUGGGCCUUGGAGUUCCAUGGGGUUUGCAGACCAUGGUGGUUAAUUAUGGAUCAUCUGUUAAGAUAAACAGUAAAGGACUGGUCUAUUCAGUUGCACUUUUGCUAGGAUCAGUGGCGCUUACUGUGAUUGGAAUCCAUGCAAAUAAGUGGAAGCUUGACAGGAAAUUAGGCAUCUACGUAUUGUUUCUUUAUGCUAUUUUCUUGUGUUUCUCUAUAUUGAUAGAGUUUAAUGUCUUCACUUUUGUCAACUUCCCAAUGUGCCGAGAAGAACCAGAGCCAGGUUUUGAUAUCCUUUUCACCAGCAGAAAUCUGACAAAAGAAGAUCUGGCCCAGAGUAUUAAGGAUAAUGGCCACUGUGAAACAGAAAGUGCCUUAAAGUUUGCUGUAAUGAUGAAAACAUCAGCAGGAGACAAGGGAGCCAGGGAUGACUCAGGCCCAAUCAACGACCCUGGUGAAGAGGGAAAAGAGACACAGCUCUGCCAGGCUUCUGCCUUGCGAAACUGCCUCCCACUUCCAGGAAUCAGCAUCCUUGAUAAACUCAUCAAAACCUGCCCCGUCUGGCUUCAGCUGAACAUGAACCAAGAAAGGGCUGGGGCGAUACUUGGCAAAGAAAAAGCAGGGAUAUUCUUGGUUAGGAAAGAGGGUAACGUGAACAACAUGGUCCUUGCAGUCCGCCUGCCAGCCCAAAAUGAGGCUCCUGAUGUGCUGGAGUACAAUAUUAAAGAAGAAAAAUCGAUUCUGUACCUGGAAGGAUCUGUCCUGGUGUUUGAGGAUAUCUUCAAACUCAUUGCCUUCUACUGCGUCAGUAGGGAUUUGCUGCCUUUCACUCUGAAGCUACCACAAGCAAUACUAGAAGCUAGCAGCUUUCAAGAGCUUGAGGUUGUCUCCAGUCUGGGGAUAGACUUCUGGGAUUCCUCCUUAAACCACAGAAGAGGAGAGGGGAUAUCCCAUCCUGCAAAAGCCUCUACUCUCAGCACAGCCCAGGCAGACAGCUUAAGAUCUACACAGUGUUUUGCAAGUAGAGCAAACCACUGCUCAUGUGAAAUUGAGCUGUCAAUAGGAAAUGACAGGCUGUGGUUCGUGAAUCCUAUUUUUAUAGAAGAGUGCAGUAAUCCUUUUCCUCCAGAUAUACUGCCUCCUAAAAGCCAUGCUGUGAGCACCAAUCUCCCCCCUGCCACUGUGCUCUCUGAAAAGAGGUCUCCACGCCGCCCACCACCACCUCCACCUUCUCACAGUCACGCUCUGAAAUCCUCUCUGAAGCUCCCGCACGACCCAAUGACUGCCUGUGAAGAAAAUCAGCUGCUUCCACCACUAGGAAAGAGCAUCAAGGAAAUGAAAAUUGAGGGUGGUGACAGUAAAGAAGAAGGGAAGCAAAGCUGCUCAGUCAAGGAGCCAUUGGCAUUGAGCCCCAAGAAGUGCUCCCAGCCCUCCAUCCCCCCACGGAGGCGACUAUCUGAGAGGACUUCAGAUGAGAGCUGUGUGGGUAAGCCUGGAAGUUGUGAAACGCUGAAAGGGGAACGCACCGACAAAAAACAGGACACCAAUACAGAGAGUGGAGAUAAAAGGUUGUUGUGCAGAAAGACUGUAGAAAUGCCUGGGGAGGUUCCUGAAAGAGCUGUAUCACAGUUUCAGGAGACAAAGCCUGAACCUUCAGACAAGAAAGAAGAUAUGCGUGAAACACAAAUGAGUGCCACCAAGAAAGGAAAAACACCUCCUAUCCCACCACCAAGAAAGAAGAGACUUUCUCAGGCAGCAAUCAUCCCCAGGUCUUGCCAGUCCAAGCAAAGAACAGUUGCAGAGCUGAACUCAGCUGCAGGGCUUGCUUCAUCCAAGGAUGUCUCAGCACCAGCAACUGCUGGUGCCACUUGCACAAACACUGAGACUGAAUCAGGACGUGGCCUCAAGUCCGUCAGCUCUGCAGAACUGAAAGGUUCGCAUUCCUCCCUGGAGGGUCCAGGAGGCAGCACCAUGGCUCCAGCCUCCGCAUCUGAGCCAGACUCCUACUCCACGAGCAGCACAGAGGAUGACCUAGAGGUGCUGGCUUGUCCAUCUGGUAAAAAAACACGUUCUGUGAUCUUGGGCAAGGCCAAGAACAGACUGUCCUUUGUGAGCCUGUCUAAUGUCUUCACAGUCUUUUUGUCUAGUGACAGAAAGCUGCAGAAGAAGAUAGUGGAGCUGGCACAAGACAAGGAUUCAUACUUCGGCAACCUUGUGCAGGACUACAGAGUAUACAGCUUAGAGAUGAUGGCAAAGCAGAGCUCCAGCACAGAAAUGCUACAAGAAAUCCGGAUGAUGAUGACUCAGCUGAAGAGUUACUUAGUGCAGAGCACUGAGUUGAAAACUCUGAUAGACCCAGCUGCCUACACCGAGGAACAGAUAGAUGUGAUUGCUGAGUCAGCUUUGUACAAAUGCGUCCUGAAACCUUUAAAAGAAGCCAUUGAUUCUUAUUUAAAAGAAAUCCACAGCAAAGAUGGAUCUUUACAGCAGCUGAAAGAGAACCAACUCGUGAUACAAAACACAACUACUACUGACCUAGGUGUCACGACCAGUGUGCCUGAAACUGUUGUACUGGAAAAAAUCCUUCACAAGUUCACGACCAUGCACAAGGCCUACUCUCCAGAAAAGAAGAUUGCCAUCUUGCUGAAGUCCUGCAAGCUCAUCUAUGACUCCAUGGCUCAGGGGAACCCAGGGAAGCCAUACGGUGCAGAUGACUUCCUCCCCGUGCUCAUGUAUGUGUUGGCCCGCAGCAACUUGGCUGAAGUCCUUCUGAAUGUGGAGUACAUGAUGGAGCUCAUGGACCCUGCUUUGCAGCUAGGGGAAGGUUCCUAUUAUUUAACAACCACCUACGGGGCCCUGGAGCACAUCAAGAACUACGACAAAAUAACUGUCACUCGGCAGCUGAGCGUGGAGGUGCAGGACUCCAUCCACCGCUGGGAGAGACGGAGGACGCUGAACAAGGCCCAGGCUUCCCGCUCAUCUGUGCAGGAUUUCAUCUCUAUAUCCUUUCUGGAGAUUGGUGCUCAGUCAAGGACACUGGCCUCCCGGAAGGACACCACAGCUGAGCAGCUGAGCCAGCAGUGUGCAGAGAAGUUUGAUGUCUCCCAACCUAAGGACUACAGACUCUUUGUCUAUGUUGAUGACCAGUGGUUGCAGCUGGACAAGGAUGCCCUCCCUCACCGUAUCAAAGCCUCCCUGCUGAAAAGUGAAACCAAGAAAGAUUUCCACUUUAUUUAUAAACCAAUAGACCAUAAAAAGCCACCCCUUCCUGUUGUCAGGGAGUCAGACUUUCUCUAAGGGCAGUGCUGCUCUUGUGCUGUGUAUGCUGUGAAGGGCUCUUGGUUAUCCCAUGAGAUCCUCUGGUGUCUCCAGAUCUCAGGUGGUCUCUGGAGCUUGGCCUUCGACAGAGGGCAGAUAUUUGUGCUAAUUGUAGAUGCUGUCUGAGUGCAAGGCAUUUCUCAGCAGAAUUCAAGUUCAGAAAUUAAAGGAGCAUUCAGGAGAACAUUCAUACUUUGGAAAACUUGAAGUGUCAAACCUCAGAACCUCCCUACAGCAACCAAUUGACUUGAUAGACUAUAAGUAGACAGUGGAGAACUAAUCCAUGGGACUUGAGGAAAAGCAGACUUUUACCAUAAUAAACUACGGUGGGUGUGAAUCACCUCUGUGCACAAGGCCUGUGGAAGGUUUGCACACACUCUCAAUACUGUUUGGAGGUAAGAAAUAGUGUUUAUGCCUUACAAUAUCUCUGUUCGCCCAGUUUGAAUAAAGUGAGUCUUGGCUGAUGUAUUCAGUGGCAUGGGAUUGCCACCCUGAGCAGAACUCCAUCUCUGUCUUCCUAUUUGAAAUAUAAUUGCCUUUGAAAUCCACGUAAUUACAGACCAUGCAAGCUGAUCCUGUACGUUCACUAAGAAACCAUUUUCUGCCAUUUGUUUGUCACUGAAAUCUAGUAGCACAGGCAUUUUCAUCUCUGUAUUUUUCUUCUAAAAGAUUGAAAAUCUUCACCAUCAAUUUUACAUGUACAAUAGUUUUAAUCAAAUUUGUUGUAUGAUUGUGUCUGGUGAAUUGUAUAUUUAUUUCCAUGUUUCCUAUGGUGAAAUUAUUUUUAAAUAACUGUUUGUGAAGAAUUUAAUAAUUUGUCCAUUGUAGCAACCUCGGUUAAAAUUUGAUGGUCAAAAGGGCUAGAAUUAAACACCCUUCUCUUUUUAACCAUAUGUCAUUUUCUUUAGUGUUUUCAUACCCACAAGUCCCACCAAGUCCCACUUUAAUAAAUCCAGGCUGUUGCAGGCAGA